AAUCCUAACCCUGGGAGGACUGAGUCACUCAGGUUCCUCUGUGAGGACCCCCGAGAUGACACAUUUGGGGGCCCCCCUGAGGGGUCGACAUGCAGUCCGUACUCUGUCCUCCACGCUGUGGCUCCUGGAGGAUAUAGACCCUCCCCUGUGUCCCUGCGGCUGGACUCUGAAGAGCGACCAUCCUUCAGAUUCCAAGCUGAAAACGUCUCCAACUACACCGCCCUUCUGCUGAGCAGGGACGGGGAGACCCUGUACGUGGGGGCCCGGGAGGCCCUCUUCGCACUCAAUAGCAGCGCCAGCUUCCUGCCGGGCGGGGAGUACCAGGAGCUGCUGUGGAGUGCAGAUGCCGAGAGGAAAUACCAGUGCAGCUUCAAGGGCAAGGACCCACAGCGCGACUGUCAGAACUACAUCAAGAUCCUCCUGCCACUCAACAGCAGCCACCUGUUCACCUGCAGCCCCGGCGCCCCCCCGUCUGCUCCCCCAUAGAGUGUGGAGAACUUCACGCUGGCACAGGACAAGGCGGGGAAUGUCCUCCUGGAAGAUGGCAAGGGUCGUUGCCCCUUUGACCCCAAUUUCAAGUCCACGGCCCUAAUGGUUGAUGGCGAGCUCUAUACUGGCACAGUCGGCAACUUCCAGGGGAAUGACCCGGCCAUCUCCCGGAGCCAGAGCCGCCGCCCCAUCAAGACCGAGGGCUCCCUCAACUGGCUCCAAGACCCAGCGUUUGUGGCCUCGGCCUACAUUCCCGAGAGCCUGGGCAGCUUGCACGGGGACGAUGAUAAGAUCUACUUCUUCUUCAGCGAGACGGGCCAGGAGUUUGAGUUUUUCGAGAACACCAUCGUGUCUCGCAUCGCUCGCAUCUGCAAGGGUGACGAGGGCGGCGGGCGGAUCCUGCAGCAGCGCUGGACGUCCUUCCUAAAGGCCCAGCUGCUGUGCUUGCGGCCCGGCGACGGCUUCCCGUUCAACGUGCUGCAGGACGUCUUCACGCUGAGCCCCAGCCCCGAGGACUGGCGAGACACCCUCUUCUACGGGGUCUUCACGUCCCAGUGGCACAGAGGGACCACGGAGGGCUCUGCCGUCUGUGUCUUCAGCAUGAGGGACGUGCAGAGGGCCUUCGACGGCUUCUACAAGGCCGUGAACCGGGAGACGCUGCAGUGGUACACCGUGGCCUACGAGGUGCCCACGCCCCGGCCGGGCUCGUGCAUCACCAACAGCACCCGGGAGAAAAGGAUCAACUCGUCCCUGCAGCUCCCGGACCGCGUGCUGAACUUCCUCAAGGACCACUUCCUGAUGGACGGGCAGGUCCGCAGCCGCUCCGCCCAGGGCCUGAGCACUGUCCUUGCUGCAGAGGACGGCCGGCUGCACAAGGCGGUGGACGUGGGCUCCAGCUUGCACGUCAUUGAGGAACUCCAGAUCUUCUCGCCAGGGCAGCCCGUGCAGAACCUGCUCCUGGACCCCAACCGGGGACUGGUGUACGCAGCCUCAUACUCGGGUGUAGUCCAGGUGCCCGUGGCCAACUGCGACCUGUAUCAGAGCUGCGGCGACUGCCUCCUGGCCCGGGACCCCUACUGCGCUUGGGGCGGCAACAGGUGCCGUCGCCUCAGCCUCUACCGCCCGGAGGCGACCUCCAGGCUGUGGAUCCAGGACAUCGAGGGAACUAACGCCAGGGACCUCUGCAACGCUUCCUUCAUCAAGUCCCGGGGUGCUGCACCAGCAGGUGAGAAGCCGUGUGAGCCAGUCCCGUUCCAGCCCAACACGGUGAACACCUUGGCCUGCCCCCUGCUCUCCAACCUGGCGACGCGGCUCUGGCUGCACAACAGGCAGCCUGUCAAUGGCUCGGCCUCCUGCCGGGUGCUGCCCACGGGGGACCUGCUGCUGGUGGGCAGUCAGCAGGAGCUGGGGGUGUUCCAAUGCUGGUCGCUGGAGGGGGGCUUCCGGCAGCUGGUGGCUAACUACUGCGCGGUGGUGUUGGACACGGCGGCAGACCGGCGGGGCAAAGGGUCCGUCGUCAUCAACACGUCGAGGGUGAGCGCGCCCGCCCACGGCAAGGCCAGCUGGGGCGCGGGCCGGUCCUAUUGGACCGAGUUCCUGGUGAUGAGCGUGCUGUUCGUGCUGGUCAUCGUGCUCCUGAUCCUGUUCUUCCUCUACCGGCACCGCGACGGCAUGAAGGUCUUCCUGAAGCAGGGGGAGCGUGCCAGCGUGCACCCCAAGACCCGCCCAGUGGUGCUGCCGCCCGAGACCCGGCCGCUCAACGGCGUCGGUCCCCCGAGCAUCCCGCCGGACCACCGAGGCUACCAGGCCCUGUCGGACAACUCCCCGGGGCCGCAGGUCUUCACGGAGUCCGAGAAGAGGCCGCUCAGCAUCCACGACAGCUUCGUGGAGGUGUCCCCGGUGUGCCCCCGGCCCCGGGUCCGCCUGGGCUCUGAGAUCCGGGACUCGGUGGUGUGACAGUGACUUCCAGAGGAGGCCACCCUGCCUUCAGAGUGCCCUGGAUGUUCGGAGGCAUUGGCUGGACUCUGCUCUUGUAGAGUCUGGCUGGACACGGCGCUGUGCCCAGCCCUCCGGGGUAGCGGGGCCCUUCAACCGGCCCCGUUGGAGGAGUGAGGCCCCUCCAGCCCAGAUGCCAUGGCCCCGCGGAAGAUGGGCGGGCGCCCGCCUAGGUGGGCAGAGCAGUGCUCCUCAUGUAAGCUGAGCCUUUUGUGUAAAAAAAAAAAAAAAACCACUGAAAAUGUGAAAUAAGAACGAUGCCAUGGGCACGGCCGCUCCAGCUCGCAGCCCCCAGCCUCGGGGUCUGGCCCUGGUUGGGGUUUUGGAAACAUCCACCGUGGUGAGUGGAGACGGAGUUGGGAACCUCUGCCUUAUGCUACUGCCACAGGCGGCCCGUCACUGCUGGGACGGGGGCCGGCUCCGGCUCCGUGGGUCCUGCCUGGCCACCGGCCAAGUUGUUACGGCCACCAUCCCGUCACCUCAGGGACCGAGGGCCACGCUUAUGCGGCCCUCACGUGGCCUGGGCUCCAGCCACCUCCGGACCUCUCCGGCCUGUAUCAGGCCGUGGCCACGUGACAGCAGGCCGCGUGAGCUCAGGAGUUAGGACGAUGUUCACCUUUCCCUCGGAAUUCUAGGAAGAGACUGUUGUUGGCUGCCUUCCUCUGUCCAGACUGAAACCCGUGUCCCCCGUCCCGGAUCCACCCAGCGCGUCUCGGUGCCCAGUCCCCCUUCACUCCCACACUUCACCUGCCUCCGAUCUAAGGGAGUUGACGCUGCCCAGCACAAGGGCCUGAAUUUAUGUGGGUUUUAUAUUUUUUUUAAGUCAGAUGCACUUUACAUUUGUUCUGUUUUUUUUGUAUUUUAAAUAAAAUCUCAA